AUGUUUUCCUGUCUAUCUUCGUUGAGUCUCGGGGAUGCUCCUGAUAGGGCUCGUUUGCAAGCCAAUUCCGACAGAACCUUUCUUUCACUAUCCAAGUCCAGUAUUACCGCUAUCACUUCACCGUCGAAGGCUUCAUUUCUCGAGACACCUUUCGGUGUGGCUUGUCUGAUUCUUACUUCGAAGUCCCAAGACAAGGUUGCCACGGCAUCGUUCCGUACGAUCAUACAGAGUGCCAUCCAGUCUGUCGUAAAAGAAUCUUCUCAUGAUACCUGGGACGAUGAUGGAUGCGAAGCUCUUUACGGGAGGGCUGGUCUCUUGUAUGGUCUUCUACGCCUGCGAAAGAACGAGUUGGUCUCUGCUAGAGACAUUGAGCUCGUUGUUUCUUCUAUCAUGACUAGAGGCAGAUUUGGAGCGUCCGUUUAUAGAGACAGCAUACCAAGCCAGCAGCAGUCUCCGGCGCUUAUGUGGUCCUGGCAUGGAAAGCGAUACUUAGGUGCUGCUCACGGCGUCGCUGGAAUCCUGCAGACGGUUCUAGCUUGCCCUCUUGACUUGUUGAACCCGUACAUUCCAGACAUCCUGGAUACCGUAGAAUGGUUGAUGGACUGUCAAGAUGAGGAGGGCAAUUGGCCUACGAAAGCACCUAGGCAUGGGAAAGUGUCGGGGGAUGAAAAAAACGAACUGGUCCAGUGGUGCCAUGGCGCAAUCGGAAUCGUGAUGCUAUUAUCUACGGUAUUGAAAUUGUCAUCACAAAACCUCCAAGAAUUUCGCCUCCCUGUCCAUCUUCUCAACAAAGCCACGGUAUCUAUUCGCAAAGGCGCCUCCCUUGUCUAUCGUCAUGGAUUCCUUCGAAAGGGCGUCGGCCUCUGCCAUGGAGUCGGUGGUUCCAUUUACGCCUUGCUUUCGACUUCGGAUGCAUUGGCUUUGGUACCGGGAGACAGUGACCACAAACAUAAUUCCCUAUAUUAUUUUCAGCGAGCUGUUCAUCUUGCGUAUCUUUCUACAUCGUAUGAAAAACUUACCGAGGAUGGGGAGAUGGGAGUACCCGAUCGACCAGGCAGCCUGUACGAGGGGCUGGCUGGGAUGUGCUGUGCAUGGGGAGAAAUCGCUCGGCGAACAGCGGCGAUUGAUGUUGAAGGAAAGGCGGGUUCGGAGCAUAGUAAUCCUCAACCUUUGUCCAUUGCCAGCGGAUUUCCUGGCUAUGACGAUUUAUAG